UCAGACACAGACGCUCUGUCUACCAUAGACGUAAACGGAUACGUAGACACAUACGACGGCGUGUAUCCACGCGUACAGUCUGAUCCAGAGACGUACACGUACACCGGAAAUAAAUGUGAUAGCACACUGCUAUCUACAACCAAGUUAGCGCGUGUGGCCCAG